CCAUGUGGCCCCAUUCCAUUUCUUCUUCCUCCCAUCCUUAUUUUUGUCGACGCGCUUCAACUGGACUGUUUUCCUCGAGGAUUUCGCUCCCUAGCAACAACGGCCGUUGGUUUUCUGCGGUUAACGUUCAGUUUGUUUUUUCUUUUGUUUUUCCAUUUUGUUUUUAUUUUUUUUAUCACUUAAGAAGUGACAAAAACUCGCUCAGGCGUCUGUGAAGGUGUACUGAAGGACGGUCUUGGGUUCUUGGACUGUGAUGGAUCAGGUGGAGGAGGCCCUUGCAGUUCUCCAGCCCAAAGAGCGAGGAGCGGAAGAGCGGCGGCCGGCCCUGCCCACGGGAAGCCAGGGUGAGCUGGAGGACCAGGAGAAGUCCACCCAGGACCAAGAGCAGGACGGUGGUGACGAGUGGGACACUGAUCUGGAAACGGACGAUGCAUCAAAUAAGGCGCAGAAUUUGUCCCGCGCAGAGCUGUACCUGCACGCCUGCCGGCAGACAGGGACCGUUCCCGUUUCCUCCUUCCUCCGUCACUUGGGUGAAGCCAACCUCAACCUGAACCACUAUGGACUGGGCCCUCCGGGGGCCAAAGCUCUGGCUGUAGUACUGCAAAACGACAAUAACGUCACCAACCUUGAGCUGGAGGACAACGCACUUCGGGUAGAGGGGGCACGCUACCUUAUGGAGAUGCUUCAAACCAACAUCAGCAUUCAGAGUCUGAAUCUUUCAAACAACCAGCUGCACCUCAAAGGAGCAGACAUAAUCUCCAAAAUGUUGUUAGACAAUUAUUACAUCAAAUCCAUCAAACUCUCAGGAAAUGAUUUUGAUGACUCUGCUGCGAAAUACUUGGCUGAUGCUUUAAAGGGUGACUAUGUGGUGAAAGAACUGGACCUCAGUCACAACAAGUUCUGUGAUACAGGAGGAGAACACCUUGGUGACAUGUUGGCCACAAAUGUAGGUAUUGAAGUCCUAAAUCUGAGCUGGAAUCACCUUCGUAUGCGUGGUGCAGUGGCUUUGAGUGCUGGGCUGAAGGUAAACUCGACUCUGAAGCAGCUCCAGCUGUCGUGGAACGGUUUUGGCCACAUCGAGGCUGAGCCACUGGGUCAAGCACUGAAACACAACAGCACGCUGGUGCUGCUGGACCUCAGCAGUAACCGUAUAGAUGAUGAGGCUGUGACACUGCUCUGCCAGGGUCUGGCCACCAAUGACACCCUCAGGGUCCUCAAGCUCUCCCAUAACCCCAUGACAAACAUCGGAGCUCUGACACUGCUCCAAACAGUCAAAAACAACACAAAAUCAGCAGUGGAGGAGAUCGAUAUUUCUACGGUGUUUGUGUGCGAGGCCUUUGCGGAGCUGCUGGAAGAAGCCCGUCUGAGGCGUCCUGCCAUGGACGUCCGGUACAGCGUCAUGAGCUCCGUCACCAGGAACUUAUCUGCCAUCCAGAUCUUUCAGAAAUUCCUCGAAGGGCGAAAUGAGAGCAUCAUGGAUUUCUUCCAGGCUUUGGAUGAAGAGGGAACCAUGACGGUUUCCACCUCUGCCUUCAGGAAGGCUCUAAAGGCAGUGGGCCGUCUUCCUCAACAUGCUGGUCAACUUCCAUGUCAGCAUCAGCAUUCUCCUAUACGUCUUCAUUACUGUCAGCAUCCUCAAAGCCGGUGCUGUCAGUAUCAUUGUCUGAGGAGCUGUAGUAGCCGUCAAGAGCCGUGAACUCCUCUCUUGUUCAUCAUCAUCUUCUUCCUGUCUGGACCUUCUCCUGGCUCCUCCAGGCAGGGGGCCCUCAUCCACAUGCUGGUCAGGGAGCGCCAGAAGACUAAAUUUGUCUGGAUGGCCAUGUCUUCCAGUCGGCUGAGGUCCGAAGAUAUUUUGCACGGUUUCCUCUUCCAUCAAUCCUCAAGUGAAACGGUUUCAAGCCCCAGGGCAUGAAUUCAGACUGUUCUGUCACUAUUACCAUUCAUCAGAAUAAACUGGAAAUCUUUUCUUUCACGGUUUUCCUUAAACUGCUUUUGUAAUGUCUUGUUAAAAGUUGUUCAACUGUACAUCAGAGAUGUCUGUGUAAGGUAAUGAAUCAGGUUCAUACCGUGAUGUGUCCCCUUGUUCCUGCAUC